AUGGGUAAAAUAUCUGAAUUUUUCGGGAACCCUGGGUAUCGCACGGAUGUUCAUCAAAAAGUGCCAAUUUCUUCUACGCGGACCGUUGACGGCCUCCAGAAGAUUUCUGAUAAUGACCCUGGCCAUUUGGUAGAAGUAGAGACUUCUUAUUCAUCAUCAUCUGUCGUAGUGGGAGAGCUUGAAGUUGAAGAAAAUGGUGAUAUUUCCACGUCAAUCGGUUUCACUGGUUUGGAAAAAAACAGAACUGAUAUAAUAUUGGAUUGGUUGGUGGAACUUGCCGGUUCGCAAAUAAUGUUUGUUAUUAUGAUGGCCAUUCUUGUUGGUUGGAUAAUUGCCGGUAUCAUUACGUCUGGUUCCUAUGAUUGGCAGGUUGUCAUGGAUGACGGACAGUCGAUCCAAAGUUAUGUAUGGGACACUUUAUUGAUGAGACAACAAUUAAUGUCCGCACAUGAGCAUAUGUGUAUUUGUGCUGAGUUAGGUUCUAGAGUCACCGUGUUCAAAAAAUUGCUCACGCGGAUCAUUGAUCAGUCGGAAGAGAAAAACACUAAGGCUGUGGAUCACAUGCCAGAGAUCUAUGAAGUUACCGCGGAUUUGGAAGAUAGUUCGUGGUACGACAAGUUGGCAUCUACUGUCAGUAGAGUUCUUGGUUCGUGGUAUUCCAUCGUUAUAUACUGGUGUGGUAUCAUUGCUUGGGUCGGCUGCGGUGCUUUGACCAUAGACGCUGGAAAUACCCCUCCAUACACUGGCAGAACUAGCGGCAGUAACCCAGAAAUGGCAAAAUUCGGCAACUUGUGGCAAAUGUAUAUCAAUACUGCAACAGCGGUUAUUUUAUAUUUGACCACUGUUUUCUUACAGAACAUCAGAGCGAGGCAUGAUAUUUUCGUUGCGAAAUACAUUAGGGAGAUCUUCGCUAUGGAUCUUAAAAUUGAUUCACUCUUGAGAAAACACUCUAAUGAUUACACUACCGAAGCUGAUGUUGUGACUGUCGAAGCUCAAAAGAGAAGUAGGGGCGAGAUUUGGAUUGACUGGUACGGUGACAUUAUCGGUACUGGUGUCGGUGUCCUCAUCGGUAUUCUUGUCUUCACUGCAUGGAUUGUAGUCGGUCAUCCGAUGGGGUGGAGUGAUAAUUGGUGGUUAAUUAUCGGUACAUAUACAGGUUUGGUUGGAUUUUUUGAUGGUUUUGUCAUCAGACAAAACUAUUUCCGAAUCGUGAAGAGUGAAAAGGAAAACUAUGAAAAUGUGAUAGCUGAUGAUUUCGAAUUGUUCUCCAUCUUGGGGAUUCCAUGUCCCGAACAUCUAGCAGAAGUACCACUUGAUGAAAACAGAUCAGUCACCUACAGAGUGUCUGUGUACAUCAACAGAAUUUGUUCGAGCCAACUCAGUGUCUUGGCAUCUAUCAUCUUCAUUAUCGCCCUAAUAUGUAUUGCAUCCGCAUUAAAAUGGAACGAAACGGGCCAAUUGCUCGCAAAUACACCUACCAUGAUAAUCGAGGGCUUCUUCUUGUUGAUCUUAUUACAAGCGCAUAAUUGGGCAGAUACUACACGAAGGGGCGAGAUAUCGUUGUUGUACAACAGAAGGAAUUUCUUAUUCGCAUAUUUGCAGAAUAGGUUUGGCGAAAAGUCUCAAGAAGUCAAGACAUAA